AUCUUUCAGCCAUAAAGCUCCAAAGAAAAUACUAUAUAUAUAAAAAAACAUGAUUAAAUUCAUGAUGUGAUUCUCUUCUUCUCCUUCAUCUUCAUCUUCUUCUUCUACAUUACUUCAUUCACAUUCCAAAAACUUCUUCUGAAGGGUCAAAACGGUCAUUUUCUAGAUCCGUCGUUAAGCUCCACUUUCCAUCACCAUGGAGCUUGGCUUCCAUUGCAAAACACUUGUUGUUUCUCUUUCCGUUUUGAUUCUCUUCUCCACUUUUAGUGCCUCUUCUUCUAUUUACUCCGAAUUGAAUCCUAUAAAACCGAGACAUUCACGCCUUCUCAAGAGCGCUGUGCAACGUGAAACUCCGACAUCGCAGCUUUCUGAAAUAUGGACGCCUCUGGAAAACCAAGGUUGGAAACCUUGCAAUGAAGUGAGAAACAAGCCAACAGCAUUACCGGAGAAGUCUGAAGGAUACAUCCAGGUAUUUCUUGAUGGAGGUCUGAACCAGCAAAGGAUGGGGAUAUGUGAUGCAGUUGCUGUUGCCAAGAUACUGAAUGCAACUCUUGUGAUCCCAUACCUUGAAUUAAAUCCUGUAUGGAAGGAUUCAAGCUCAUUCGAGGAUAUAUUUGACGUGGAUCAUUUCAUCGAUGUAUUGAAGGAUGAUGUUACUAUUGUUAAAGAGCUUCCUGAAGAGUACUCAUGGAGUUCAAGGGAGUACUAUGCGUUGGCUAUUAGAGAUACCAGAAUCAAGGCUGCACCCGUUCAUGCAACAGCCAAUUGGUAUCUGGAGAAUGUUUUGCCUGUCCUACAAAGUUUUGGUAUUGCUGCAAUUUCUCCAUUUUCUCACCGCCUGACUUUUGACAACUUGCCUAUGGAUAUCCAACACCUGCGCUGUAAAGUCAACUUUCAAGCUUUAGUAUUUGUUCCCCAUAUCAGAACACUUGGAGAUGCCCUUAUCAGUCGCCUUCGCAAUCCUCAGCACUCUACUGAAGAAAUGGGCUCCAAUUACCUUCAAGAGGUCACAGAUGCAGAUGAUAAUAAAAAUGCAGGGAAAUUCGUUGUUCUGCACCUCCGAUUUGAUAAGGAUAUGGCUGCCCAUUCAGCCUGUGAUUUUGGUGGUGGAAAAGCUGAAAAAUUGGCCCUUGCAAAGUAUAGACAGGUUAUUUGGCAGGGAAGGGUUCUUAAUUCCCAAUUCACUGAUGAAGAGUUAAGGAGUCAGGGCCGAUGCCCAAUGACUCCCGAAGAAGUUGGAUUGUUGCUAGCAGCUUUGGGAUUCGACAACAGCACUCGUUUAUAUCUUGCCUCUCACAAGGUCUAUGGUGGAGGAGCCAGGAUUGCUACUUUGAAGCAAUUGUUUCCUCUGAUGGAAGAUAAAAAGAGCCUUACUUCGCCUUUUGAGCGUACUCAGAUAAAGGGAAAAGCUUCUCUAUUAGCCGCACUUGACUACUACAUUAGUAUCCAUAGUGACAUCUUCAUUUCUGCUUCCCCGGGGAAUAUGCAUAAUGCGUUGGUUGGACACAGGACUUACUUGAACUUAAAGACUAUAAGGCCAAACAUGGCAUUGAUGGGUCAACUGUUCUUGAAUAAAUCGAUGGAGUGGUCAGAGUUUGAGCAUGCAGUGGUUGAAGGUCAUGAAAAUAGACAAGGUCAACUCAGGGUUAGAAGGCCUAAACAAUCCAUUUACACAUACCCUGUUCCUGAUUGCAUGUGCCAAGCUUAAUAGAUUGCUGUCAGAUUAGUAGCCUCUAUAUUUUAUGAUUCAGUCUUAUUAUUUGAGAUUUGAAUCUGGUUAAUAAAAGCAUUAUCACUAGCUUAUUCAUGAGGGUUUGUCUAUGAUGCUCUUGGUAAGAGUGCUUGAUAUAAUAGUAUAGUAGUAGCCAGUAGGUGUCUUGUGUGUGAGAGAUGUAUGUAUGAGAUGAUGGCAUUCUUAGCAGGAGCAAUAUUAUUUAUAAUUCAAUAACAUGAGUCAUUUUGUUGUUUA